ACGUUGAGCAGCAGCUGGGGAGCUUCAGUCUUAUCAGUCCGCCGCUGGGAUCCCAAAUAGCGGCCGUACGCUGUCCACUUCCUCGCCCCAUCUUUCUCGGAGCUAGUGACGCGGACGGGGCUCUAAAAGACACCGGAGUCAGCCAUUGUUGGCUUUUUUUGUAUUCAUCAAGAGGCUAAACCGUGCAAGAUGCGGCCACUCGGUACUGCUUCGGGAGCCGGGACACAGGUGGAUUUGCCCCCAAGAACAGCGACGGUGAUGCGGCACGGCAGCGCCUAAAGACCGCCUCGGUCGGUGGAGCGCUAUCAUUGGUAGACGAGCGUUAGCCGCCUAGCAUUAGCAGGCUGGUAUUAGCAGCCUAGCGAUAGCGGCUAACGGAACCAGCCCAUCGGUCCACGGUGGCUCUACGAGGCGCCGCCUUUGCCUUCUACUCCCACGACGAAGAUGUCAUAGAGAUAAACCUCCCGGUGGAUAUAUCAUUUCCUCCCCACGCCAUGUUCCCCGUCGAGUAUCCGUCCAGACGGCCAUGACUCCUCCCAGGUUGACCAGCCGCUCCUCCGCUGAGGUAUCCCUGCCUCUGUUGCUUUUCGGCGUCCUCAUCACAAGCAUGAGAUAAUAAAGCCCUCCAGCUGCAGCACGCCGCCACAAACCACACCCGCGGUGCUCCGCCGCCCCCCUCAUCCGCCGUCAACCGCUAGCCCGCCCCCAGCAGCCUCGCCAUGACCACGCCGGCGCUCCUGCCGCUGUCGGGCCGCCGGAUACCCACGCUUUCGCCGGGCGCCUCCUCCUUCCCGCACCACCGAGCCACCUUGAGGCUCUCUGAGAAGUUCAUCCUCCUUCUCAUCCUCAGUGCCUUCAUCACGCUGUGCUUCGGCGCCUUCUUCUUCCUGCCUGACAACUCCAAACACAAGCGCUUCGACCUGGGCUUGGAGGACGUGCUCAUCCCGCACAUCGACUCGCCCAAGGAGGGCAAGCACGCCUCGGGGCAGGUGGUCAUACACGGGCAGGGGGGACACGACGAGCACAGACACAGGGAGGAUGAGGAGAGCCUCCGGAACAAGAUCCGCGCGGACCACGAGCGAGCGCUGCAGGAGGCCAAAGAGAAGCUGCGGAAGUCGCGUGAGGAGAUCCAGGCCGAGAUCCAGACGGAGAAGAGUAAGGUGGUGGAGGACCUGAAGAAGAAGGAGCCGGGGCCGAAGCCUCUGCCGCCCGUGCCCAUGCCCAAGGUGGUGGGCGUCGGAGACGGCGAGCCCCUGGAGCCCGACGUCAAGGAGAAACGCGACAAGAUUCGAGAGAUGACCAAGCACGCGUGGGACAGCUACCGGCAGUACGGCUGGGGUCACAACGAGCUGAAGCCCCUGGCCAAGAAAGGACAUUCUACAAAUAUCUUUGGCAGUUCCCAGCUCGGAGCGACCAUUGUGGACGCCUUGGACACCCUGUACAUCAUGGGCCUGCACGAGGAGUUCAAGGACGGACAGGAGUGGAUCGAGCAGAACCUGGACUUCAGCGUGAAUGCCGAGGUGUCCGUGUUUGAGGUCAACAUCCGCUUUAUCGGAGGCCUUCUGGCAGCCUACUACCUCUCCGGGCAGGAGAUGUUCAAGCUGAAGGCGGUCCAGCUGGCCGAGAAGCUCCUCCCUGCCUUCAACACCCCCACGGGGAUCCCCUGGGCCAUGGUCAACCUGAAGAGCGGCGUCGGUCGGAAUUGGGGCUGGGCGUCUGCCGGCAGCAGCAUCCUGGCCGAGUUUGGAACGUUGCACAUGGAGUUUGUUCACCUGACCUACCUGACGGGAAACCCCGUCUACUACCAGAAGGUGAUGCACAUUCGAAAGCUGCUAGCCAAAAUGGACCGUCCCAACGGGCUCUACCCAAACUACCUGAACCCCCGCACCGGCCGCUGGGGCCAACAUCACACGUCGGUUGGAGGGCUGGGGGACAGUUUUUACGAAUACCUGCUGAAGGCGUGGCUCAUGUCGGACAAAACGGACACAGAAGCCCGCAAGACGUACGACGACGCCAUCGAGGCCAUCGAGCGCCACCUGAUACGCAAGUCCAACGGCGGCCUGACUUUCAUCGGCGAGUGGAAGAACGGCCACCUGGAAAGGAAGAUGGGUCACCUGGCGUGCUUCGCUGGCGGCAUGUUCGCCCUGGGCGCCGACGGCUCGCCCGACGACAAGGCGGGGCACUGGCUACAGCUGGGCGCCGAGAUCGCCCACACCUGCCACGAAUCCUACGACAGGACAGUGGUGAAGCUGGGCCCCGAGGCCUUCAAGUUCGACAGUGGCCUGGAGGCGGUGGCCGUGCGUCAGAACGAGAAGUACUACAUCCUGCGGCCGGAGGUCAUCGAGACGUACUGGUACAUGUGGAGGUUCACCCAUGACCCAAAGUACCGGCAGUGGGGCUGGGAAGCGGCACAGGCCAUAGAUAAGUACUGCAGGGUGAGCGGUGGCUUCUCGGGGGUCAAGGACGUCUACUCUUCCAGCCCGACGUACGACGACGUGCAGCAGAGCUUCUUCCUGGCCGAGACGCUCAAGUAUCUGUACCUGCUCUUCUCCAACGACGACCUGAUGUCUUUUGAAAGCUGGGUCUUCAACACGGAGGCCCACCCGCUUCCCGUCCUGCACCUGGGCAACAUCACCUUGCCGGGCAGCGAGGCGGCCCAGCAGUAAAAGGGCGGGGCGGGGCCCGCUCCCGUCCUCCCCCUCACCCCUUCAUCAGCACUGGACCAUCGGACAUGGACCACAGAGCGGCCGAGAACUCCCUGGAACGCUUUCCCGUCGUCCUGGAGAGACCUUUGCUCCAGGGGGGGCGGAACAUGUACUUUUUGUUGGAACUUCCGGUGGGAUUUUUGACACCCUGCCCCCGCCACAAACCCGGGGGCGGUGCCUAAGCUGCUGCCGUGUCCCCUCGUGGAUCAUUCUAAGUGGACCAGUUCUUAAGACCCCCCUCCGACCCCCCCGAGCUUUCUGCUGCUACGCUCGUCGGAUGCUGCUUUUUGUCAUCCUGGGGCUUUUAGCUUUGGACUUUCCGUGUUUCUGAAAUGAAGUAAAUCUACGGAGACGCUUUUGGUCUGCUUGGCUUCCCGCCACUGGACCGUGCGCCAACGCGGCUAGCGUUAUUUUCCAUCCCGGGCCAGCGUCACAUAAGGAUUGUGGGUAAGAACGGGUAACGAGUGUAAAGUCCCAGCGUCCUUGUUUUGGCGCCUUCGUAGACGCCGCCAUGGCUGCUUUGCUUUUGGUUGGCUUUUUUCCCCCCGACGCCACUUUGUCGGAAAGAACCCAAAAUGUUGUCACAUAAGCCGACGCCUUUGCCCCAUGGUUGUAUUCCGUUGAAAUAUCCCGACCUGGAGUUGGGGGCCCGGUCCCGGGUCCUGGUUGGGGUGGGCUGUCCCAUCCCAGCAAAAACCAAACAGCUUUGUCAACGUCUCCAAAAAGCCGAGGUCCCGCUGAGCCCACGAAUGAGGUCAUGCGGCGCCUUCAAGUCGGCCGCCGCCUCCAACGCCCUCGUAGAUUUCAUCACCCGCUUGUGGCAACUGGAACCUACCGACUCACCUUUUUACCUUUUUACCUCGGGAACGCGUCAUCUUUCAUCACUUACCACCCGCCACCCAAAUCUUUGCUUACGACUACUUCAGCCAAUGAUUGGAUAAAAGUCGUUACGUAUGACUACUUCAAUUAACCGGAUAAAAGUCGGACAAAUCUUUUUUUCUGACUAAAUUAAUUCUGACUACUUAAAUCUUUGAUCCGAUAAAAAUUGAACGAGUUGUUAUUUUUGACUCCUGAAGUCAUCGAUGUGAUAAAAGUUGGAUGACUACUUAAGUCAUUGAUCGGAUAAACGCCGGAUCAGUCUUCAUUUACGACUAAUUAAAUAGAUUGGAUGAAGGUAGGACCAGUCUUUACUUACGACUACUUCAAUUGAUCGGAUAAACACCAGACAAGUUUUUUUACGACGACUUAAGUGAUUGAUCGGAUAACAGUCGGAUUAUUAUUUACGCCCACGUAAAUCAUUGAUCAUCACUCAUUGGUCGGACUACUAAGUCGUUGGUGGAUCAAAGUGGUCCCAGCCUGGAUUUGGUGGAUGUGUUCCAUGUUGGAUGAGUAUUAUUUUUACGAAGAGUACUCGGUUUCUGCCGAUGUUUGACAAUAACAGAUGAGAAGGAAAUUGCACUAAAUUAUUACACAACUCCACAAUUGUGCCAGGAUUAUUUGGUAUUUGGUAUUUGGUAACCGAGCCUUUUGGAAAGCUGUGAAGUAUGACAGAUGAAAAUGGCGGCCAGGAUGCUAAGCUAGGCGGGUAUGUUGUGCGAAACUGACGAUGCUAGCUAGGUCUUGGCCGCCAAACUUCAUCUGGAAUUUUUUUUUUUUUUUUUUUUUUUUGAAGAGGGGGUUGGUUGGACAUACUUGCGUUUCAUUGGACUGUGACGACGGGGGUCACAGGGGGGGGGGCAAGGACGUUGUUCCACUGUUUUCAAUUCCACUGAAAAGUGGUCUCAUUUCACAAAAGGCUCAGUUGGUGACACCCCCCACCCCGUCCCGGUCCCCCAUCGUCCCUCCUCAUGCUGGGGGGGUUCCCACCCACCCAUCCAGGUGCCAGCGAUCCAGGAUCCGCGUGGACAGUGUUUGUAUUUUUACCGGACUACCAAGCGAAGUGAGUGUAAAUAGGAUUGAAUAAAGAUGUUGCUACAAGCGA